AUGUGCCUCUGUCGCAUCGUAGGACUCAUCGUCACGGAAAAACACCUGAAAUUGAGAGAUUUCAUGAAGGUGAUGGGACUCAUGGAUUCGGCCUAUUGGCUUUCGUGGAUAAUUACAUUUGUCGUUUUGUACACUCUGCCUGUCAUCGGCGUCAGUUAUAUUUUAUGUGUUAGUAGUGGCGCUGGUGGUGACGUUAUCGGGUUUUUGGCCGGUAUUCGGUCGGUAUUUCAGUCGGUUUUGGUAUUUUUGGACGGUUUUUUACUGGAGGUAGGCAUCCAGGCUUCAAACAUCGGUAAACAUCCGAUUCUAGAGAAUGGUUUCAACGUUCAGAGUUGCAUGGUUGGCAUGACCGUUGAUACCAUUGUUACGUGGGUACUUAUUCUUUACUUCAGCGAAGUUAUGCCCGGUUUGUGUUUUUUUCCCAAAGUUCCAUUCCCGUCAGUCGAUCAUCUGACUGUUGACUUCUACAAAAAUCAGAUCACUGCCUUCCUAGGACACAACGGGGCUGGCAAGUCUACCACGAUGUCAAUAAUGGCGGGUCUGUUGGAGCCGCAAGGUGGUACGAUAUACGUGGAUGGAAUGGACGUAAGGACAGACAUGGCCAAAAUCAGGAAGAGGUUCAGUCUCUGCCCACAACACGAUAUACUGUUUGAUUGUAUGACGGUGGAGCAACACAUGUUUUUCUACGGACAAAUGCGUGGACUGACAAUUGCAGUGACGAAGGCUGAAUCAGAUCAGAUCAUCACUAACUUGAAUCUCACUAAUAAGAGGAAGGCCAGAGCUAACGAGUUAUCAGGAGGAAUGAGAAGAUUGCUAUCCAUAGGGAUCGCCUACCUGGGGUCACCAGGGACCGUGGUCCUGGAUGAACCGUCAACAGGUGUGGACGCCCAUACAAGGAGGGCUAUCUGGAGUUUGCUGCAGACCUACAGAGCUGGCCGCACCACAUUGAUCUCCACCCACGCCAUGGACGAAGCAGAUAUCGUCAGUGACAGGAUUACAAUCAUCUGGAAAGGUCAAUUGUGUUGCUCUGGUUCUUCAAUGUUCCUCAAAAAUAUGUUCAGUGAUGGGUACAAACUAUCAAUUGAAUUGAUUGCCUCCAUUACAAAGGCCACUCUCAAACGCCGCUUCAUCCCGACGAUAUUUCCUGACUCAAAAUUGCACUCGGAGUCGAAAGUCUCCAACGAGAUCUCCUUCAUACUCCCAUUGGACUCGCCCGUGAAGGAGUUCCUCAUCCUAUUUGAAGUGAUUGAGGAGAGGAAGAAGAAGCUGGGAAUUAAAAGUUACGGAUUGUCCAGUCCUGGGUUGGAAGAGGUGUGUGUGCGUGUUGUCGUCAAGCCAGCAAAACCUGCGGCUGUGGACCAUGCAAUCGGCGACUCUGAUGUUCGCAAAGAAGAAAGCAGGACAAACAGCACUGGACGAAAAGAUACCCUGGUAGUCAUGGGCGUUUUAAUCGGUCGGUUUUUCGGUAAAUCGGCCCAGGACCGCAAAGCAGUGAUGGGCAUAACGUUCGCCGUUAAAAAAGGUGAAUGUUUCGGUCUACUUGGAACCAAUGGGGCUGGAAAGAGUACCCUUUUUAAGAUGAUCACCGGUGAAAUUAACCCGACUUGUGGAGACGCUUCUAUUAAUUCUAAUAGUGUCACCAAAAAUCGCAAAGAAGCGCAAAAAUGUCUGGGGUACUGCCCUCAAUUUGAUGCCCUUUGUUCGCGAAUGACUGUGAGAGAACAUCUGACCAUGUUUGCCCUGUUCAGAGGUUCACCAAAGCCGGAAUCUGUAUGUGUUCGUUUGUUUGUGUGUUUGUAUGUGGGUGUGUGUGUGUUUGCAUUUUUUGAACACUUCCUACCCUUCAAUCUAUCUGGAGGGAACAGGCGGAAGUUAUCCGUGGCCCUAGCUCUCAUUGGCAAUCCUAAUCUCGUCUGUCUGGAUGAACCGACAACCGGAGUAGAUCCAGGAGCACGUGCCUACGUAUGGAAAGCCAUCGAGGGAGCCAGUGAUAAUGGUCUCUCCGUCUUACUUACUACUCAUAGUAUGGAAGAAUGCGAAGCUCUAUGUCACAGAAUAACCAUUCAAGUCGCUGGUCGGUUGACUUGUCUUGGCAGCAUACAACACGUCAAGACAAGAUACAACGAAGGAUACACCAUUUCGGUGAAAUUUUCUAUCCUCCCGAAGCAAGAAAUGGCCAAUCAAAUCGCCCAACUGAAGAGUUUCGUCAAAUCGAAGUUGAAUUAUCUCAAUCUGGAAAACUCGAGUUUCAACUUGCUGACGUACAAAGCCGUCAUGACGUCGGCAAUGCUUGGCGAGGUCUUCAGCAUCUUCUCGAAUAUUAAGGAGAAAAAAAUGAUUGAAGAUUUUGCUAUUAGUCAGACCACGUUGGAGCAGGUUGGUUGGUGA